AUCACCAUGUGCACUUUGACACCACCAACCUGAAGGACGAUUUCGAAUCGGACAGCUGUGUCACCUACCAACGUUCCGGCGACACAAUUGUCAUCAGUUUGGGUUUCCUGCAAGUCAAUCACCGAUAUCUGAUCGACCUUAAGCUGCCCGUGGCAUUAUUCGACAAUCUCGGCACAACAUCUGGCAGUCAAUUUGAGCCCGCAGUUACCACAGUUCCUAACUUACAUUGCCGCAUUACAGAAUUUUCCGGCUUAAAGCAUGACGAACAUGAUUUCUAUGAAAUGAAAAUCGAAUUUUUCGCCUACAAAGAGAAACUGCUACGCGAAGUGAUACACAUUGUUAAUUCGAACAAUUCGCAGGAGGUGCUUAAGUUGAUGAUAGCAGCACGUGUGCUGGGCAAAGGCAAGGGUACACCGAUGCUGCGCAGCGGUAUACAUUGCAUAGGCAUUGAAAAGGAUGACGACGAGUCGGAGGCGUCAGAUUUUCCCGGCUUUGGCAAGGGCACCUAAGGGGAAGCAACAGAGUGCCAAAACAUAAAUUAAAAUAAACCAAAAAAAAAA